AUGGCUCUCGUAGGAACCCUCCUCUUCUGCACAUCCUGCGGCAGCAUCCUCGACCGCCACGCACCAGACCACCUCCUCAUGAAAUGCACCCUAUGCUCAACCCUAAACAAAAACCUCUGGCCCGCCUCUCACAAAACCACCAGUGCAGUUGACGCCUUCCCCUCUCGUCUUCUCGACAAACGCUCGAACGUACAAGUCCUAACCGCUGAAGAUCGCGACACUUGGGCUACAACGCAGAAGAUGUGUCCCAAGUGUGAAAACCCCGAGUUGAAGUACAGGGAUUUCCAGACCAGGGGAGCGGAUGAGGGAAGUACGAUCUUCUACAAGUGUCCUGCUUGUGGAUUUGGGUUCAAGGAGGAUAAUUGA